CGGUCAGUUUGGUUCGAUUUGAGAUCAGAAUUUGGUAUAGUAAUUUUUUUUUUCCGAACAACAUUUUUCCAAACAUGAUGAGAUCAGAAUUGAGCCUUCCUUAAUUCGGUUCAGUCGAAUUGGCUAAUUCGGUUCGGAAAAUUUUCCCACCGCGAAAAAGAACCAAAAAACCUGAACAGUCUUCGUUAUCGCCAUUUCGAUGCUACCCAAAAUGCAAAGGCGCUUCCUUUCAUCGGUUUCCGUUUCCGCCGGCGGUAGUAAAACCCUAAAUAAUGGAAGAUGGAGUGUUAAGCAAGUGAAAAAAUCCAACUUCAAAUCCACUCUAGAUGAGAUUCGCACUUCAAUCGACUCAUCGGACUUCGUAGCUCUCUCCCUACAAAACACCGGCUCCUACGCCGCCGCGUGGCACCGUAUCUCCGCCAUUGAUACGCCGCAGAUGAGCUACUUGAAAGCUAAAUACGCCGCCGAACGCUACCAGAUCCUCCAGUUCGCUCUCUGUCCUUUCUCCCUUCGCGGCUCCAAGCUCACCGUUCACCCAUACAACUUCCAUUUGUUUCCUCGAGAUGAAUUGAAGCUAGGGAUGCCUUCUUAUAGCUUCUCUUGUCAAGCCUCUCGUUUAACAGCCAUGGCUAGAGAAGGAUUUGAUUUCAACGCCUGCAUCUACGAAGGAAUUUCAUACUUAUCAAGAGAACAAGAGUCUGCGUCGAAGUUUCUCUCCGGGAAUCCGAUAUUAGCUGAACCCGUUGCUGCACCGUCUUCUCCGUCUACUGUAGCUGAUACCGUCUUUGUAGGAAGGAUUAGGUCACGCGUCAAAAACUGGAGACAAUCUUGUUUAGAUUCGAGCUCAAAGACAGGAGAUGAUGAUUUGGUGAGUUCUCUGAGGAAACUGGUCUUGGGGAGUGAGCAGUAUGGUUCGAGGCUUUGCUUGACUAUUGAUGUUUGUAGCGAGCGUCAAGUGCAACUCAUCCUAGAGAUGUUGACCGAAUUCGCUGAUGAUGUUGUCCCUCUACUCAUCGCUUCAAAGAGUGGAGGAACACAAGCAGUUCGUGCUGUCUUUAUGAGUUCGAAGGAAGACAUGGAUAGAUUUAAGAGAGAGCUUCAAGAUCUUGAAAACGAAGAGAACAGGCGACUUCGUGGCUUCCGAGAAGUGGUCGAUUUGAUCUCUUCUUCACAGAAACCUGUUGUCUCCCAGAACUAUCUAAGCGAUUUUACUUCCAUUCAUGCCAAAUUCCUUGGUCCUCUACCUUCAAAUGUGGAUGACUUCAGCAGUUCACUGAGCUCAGCUUUUCCCAAUGUUGUGGAUCUCAGUCAAUUCAUGAAAGAAAUUAGUCCCUUGAGUAAUAUAAGUAAUCUACCUGCAGCUAUGUCUUCCUUGAAUCGGUUCUUUGCACCUGUGGAUGUGGAAGUGGCAAAUCAAGGCUGUCCGAUCAAAUUAGACGAGAGUCAUCAGAUGCACGGGCAAAAUGCUGUUAUGAUAUCUCAGCUUUUUGCCAAACUAAGUACCAUACAGAAAUCAGAUUAUCAAUCCUCUGUCCAACCAUCUGAAGAUUCCUAUGCUUUGGCUUCUGAUCAACAUGCAAGCGAUGAAAAUGUUCAAGUCUGGUCAAAGAACAGCCGAAGAGUAAGCUCUGAGAACUUGGUGUUCAUAUGGGGAUUGGCGAAAAAGAUGACAGCUUCAACGCUGAAGAACGUUCUGCAAAAGUCACACAACGUUUUUGCGCAAGAGUUUGAUGUUAAGUUAUUAGACAGGAGCUGUGCAGUUGUGGUCUUUUGGCAGCCGAGUUCAUCGGAGACUUUCCUCAGUGCGGUUAACAAUGAAGAUCAGCUUCUUGGUGGUUCGUUAAGAGUGAUGGUUGCAGAAGGGCUAAGAGCAGCAGGUUAUGAGACUUACAAGAGAGCAUGUAGAUUAGGUUUCUGGGAGGCUGACUUGGCGGAUUCUUUAGACAAAACAUUGGAAUCUUCAGACACGGAUCUUGAUUCAGACACCAAACCUUCAGAGAUUAGUUGGACGAGCGAAUUGGCUAUUAAUUUUGAUGAGUUAUGAAUAGUCACAAGUUUUUGUAUUUUUUUUCGGCACAUGAAUACAUUCAUAUUUAA